AUGCAGUUCUCAGCGCUGCAGACUAAGAGAGCGCAACCACCUCCCCCAAAGGAGCAUAUUAGCGUAACGGCUCAGCUCCAGGGGACUGCAAGAGAGGGAGAACUCACAGUCAGAUCCCAAUCUGCAAAGGUCAAGCUUAGAACAGCAAGUGCUAUCUACAUCACAUCAGGCAACGGAGGUCGUGAUAAGGGAGAAAACGGGCAAGACGAGCAGGAUGCUGGAAAGAAGUGGCGGAUAGCUCGCAGCUCGCCUGCCGCCGAAGCGAAGAGCCAUGACCUACCCUGCUUCCAGAUUAACCUCCAGCGGCUUCUGGGUGGUGACAAGCCGGGUCCAGCCGAGCAAAGCUCUGCUCCGCGCGAAGCAGGCUUUGAGCUUUCACCCAUCAUUAUACCCGGUGCAGAAAACAUGGAUGACGAGAUCGUCGAGGAACUCAAGGCCCUGUUCAAACAAGCUGGUGAAGAUAACCCAUCGCUCGAGCCAGAGGAUCGCGUCUUCUUCCUCCACCGUGAGGAUGUUUUCGGCCUCGCUGUGGCCUUGCCUGGCCUCUUGACUGAAGAUCAGGGUUACUGGAUUGUCGGUCGCCCUCCCCCCAAGAUGGUCAAGCAGGCCAUCCGCGACGAGUAUAAUCUUGACUCUAUAGCCGAGGUUGUGAAAUACGUGACCGAGAACAUGAAUGGCCUGACAGACAGGCAGUUCCGUCUGUUUUUGCGCAACUUUCAUCCGAUUGGUGACGAGCUGUUUCACACUGGCAGGACCCUCUUAGCCUCUCUAUCUUCACCUAAUGCCUUAUCCACUGAUGGGUUCGUCCAAGCCGCCACGAACAGUCUUCUCGAUCUCGAAGGCAUAGGCGCCCUCUUUCGCAAAGCCGCCCUAGUCUACCAUGCUCCUGAGAGGCGGCGGGUUAGGCGGGAGAAAACCCUGCAGCGGAUGCGCGAGUUGGACUGUAUGUCAGAAGAGGAGAGCCUGGCGUGGCACCGUGACAUGGACAAGAAGCGAGCCGCGUGGGAAGCCGGCGCCGCCGCGAGGCAGGAGACUUUUGCCGAAAUCGAGCGUUGGGGGGAGGCGUCGUCGAAAUUGUCUGAUGGCCAGCUCGCGGAGAUGCGACGCCUAAGGGAACUUGGACCUGAGGCCGUGCAGAGGGCUUACUUGAAGAGUUUGGGUGUGGGCGAGGAGGAUAUUGAAUCGUAUAUGGAGUCAAUAGAUACAGAUGAGUAG